UAGGAGAACUAUGCCAUUUUUGGGUCAAGACUGGAGAUCUCCUGGUUGGAGUUGGAUUAAAACAGAAGAUGGCUGGAAGAGAUGCGAGUCCUGUAGUCAGGAACUUGAAAGAGAGAAUAACCAGUGUAACAUCAAUCAUAACAUUAUCUUGAAUAGUGAAGAUGAAGAAAUAUUCAAUAAUGAAGAGUGUGAAUAUUCAUCCAAAAAAAGGAAAAAGGAUCAUUUUAGAAAUGACACAAAUACUCAAAGUUUUUAUCGUGAAAAAUGGAUCUAUGUCCAUAAAGAAAGCACAAAAGAAAGGCAUGGCUAUUGUACCUUGGGAGAAGCCUUUAAUCGAUUAGACUUCUCAAGUGCAAUUCAAGAUAUCCGAAGGUUUAAUUAUGUGGUCAAACUAUUGCAGCUAAUUGCAAAAUCCCAGUUAACUUCAUUGAGUGGUGUGGCACAAAAGAAUUACUUCAACAUUUUGGAUAAAAUCGUUCAGAAAGUUCUUGAUGACCACCACAAUCCUCGCCUAAUCAAAGAUCUUCUCCAAGACCUAAGCUCCACCCUCUGCAUUCUUAUUAGAGGAGUAGGGAAAUCUGUGCUGGUGGGAAACAUCAAUAUUUGGAUUUGCCGAUUAGAAACUAUUCUCACCUGGCAACAACAGCUACAGAAUCUUCAGAUGACUAAGCAAGUGAACAAUGGCCUCACCCUCAGUGACCUUCCUCUGCAUAUGCUGAACAAUAUCUUGUACCGGUUCUCAGAUGGAUGGGACAUCAUCACUUUAGGCCAGGUGACCCCCACAUUGUACAUGCUCAGUGAGGACAGACAGCUGUGGAAGAAGCUGUGUCAGUACCAUUUUGCUGAAAAGCAGUUUUGUAGACAUUUGAUCCUUUCAGAAAAAGGUCAUAUUGAAUGGAAGCUGAUGUAUUUUGCACUUCAGAAAUAUUAUCCAACUAAAGAACAGUAUGGAGACACUUUACAUUUUUGUCGGCACUGCAGCAUUCUCUUUUGGAAGGACUACCAUCUUGCUUUACUAUUCAAGGACUCAGGACACCCUUGCACGGCGGCCGACCCCGACAGUUGCUUCACGCCUGUGUCUCCACAGCACUUCAUCGACCUCUUCAAGUUUUAAAGGCAGCCCCACUGCAUCCCUGUCCCAGGCUUUACAUCGUGCAUUGUGUGUGAAGCUAGUAGUGAGUGUGCAGUGGGGUGGGUGUCGGGAGGCCCCUGGGAGAAAAAGCAGAAAAGAUUGUCCCUCCAAGAGAGAGGAGUGCAUUGUUAUGUAGUUUCAUCUUUGAAGGAGGUCAGGGCGAAGUAACUCAUUUCUUCUUUUU